UACUUGUUCUUCUAGCUCCUGCUCUGAUGUAAAUGUAAAAAGAAGUUCUUGGAUGUUGGUGCUGUAGUCCUCAACUCCAGUAAUGUCGAUUUACCUAUCCUGUAAUAUUGAUUUCUAAAAAAAAAAACCAAAACGAUUUGUGUACAACCAGGAGGAGUCGGAGUACUUGUAGUGACAUCGGAUAGUUGUCUGAGAAGACUAUCUUCUAAAGGCGGAACGAACUAGGCUUCAUCUUUGCUUGGUUGCGUGGUACUACUACAACUACUUCUGUAGCGAUACUCGAAAAGCAAAACAAGAUGGCACCCCCUCAGUUGACUCCGGAGCAGGCCAAGUCUGCCUUGACCGAAAUCUUUAGCCGCUUCCAGAAAGAAGAAAACAGGGCACGAUUUGAGGCACUGGUUAAGGAGUGUGAGGCGGAAGAAAAUCCGAUGGUCGCAAAAAUGCAAAAAUUUCCACCUGUCGUCAACGAGGUCCUUAAAGACCUAAUGGAAUCACUCGGAUUCCAAGAAAACGAACUCAUGAUGGGUACUGACACUAUGAUGAAGUUUACUUGCUUCUUGAUUUUUAGCGUAGAUCACGACACGUGGUAGAACAGAUGAAAAUGAUGUCUAUGCUACUCCAACUUUCAUCUUCGAGAUGAGAGCCCAAUAAUCGCUCUUGAUCAGGUGUGAUGCAAAUCCAAAUGCAUGCUGCAAAAGACCCGGAAAUGGCUAGCAAGGUCGGCAUCUUGAUGCAGGCAUUUACGGGAAAUAUUCCUGCUCCGGCUGCAGCUACCGAGGAAGCUGAGAUGUGCGAUUAAUUGGGCGUUUCGUGCGAAUGCAGCUGCAGGUGGCAAGCCGCAAACUUCGAAUGGGAGGUACUGUUUUGCGGAUGAAGAUAAGUUCUUCUAGACAUGUCCUUGAGGAGCACGGUUUGAUGUGUUCUGCCUGUUCGCCACUAAGGGAGAAAUGUUGAUGCGGUGGAACAUUCUGGGGAUGCCUACGAAACGUAGACUUAGAUUUUUCCAUUAUUUCCAUUCUUACAGAUCUCUGCACGCGUCGCGUGGGGUGAUUGUGCUUUGGGGGUGCAUGUGCAAAUAUAUAAGUAAAUAUAUAAAUAUGUUUAUGCCGCAACAAAAGUCACAGUAAGAGGCAGGAGGAGGUGGAGGUGGACCUCCAAAACUUCCAUACUUUUCAGGAUCACAAUUUUUCGGAGAAAUGCGACAAGUGUCUGGCGUGGAAAUAAUUCCCACAGCGUCAUCGUCAGUAUGGAAACAGUCUGGAGGCCCUACUUCUAGAAAUUUCAUUUAUAGCAUGAAGAUACGCGACAGGCGUUCAGGACUCGGACGAG